AUGGAGCCGGGCGGCGCCGAGGGCCCGAGCGUGCUGUACCGCAGCCGCGACUUCCUGGUGGUCAGCAAGGCCUGGGACGUGCGCAUCGACAGCAAGGCCUGGCGCGAGCCGCCCACCCUGCAGCGGCAGCUGCGCCUGCGCUUCCCCGAGCUGGCCGACCCCGACACCUACUUCGGCUUCAGGUUCUGCCACCAGCUGGACUUCUCCACCAGCGGCGCGCUCUGCGUGGCCCUCAGCAAGGCGGCCGCGGCCAGCGCCUACAAGUGCUUCAAGGAGCGCCGGGUCACCAAGGCCUACCUGGCCCUGGUGCGCGGCCACGUCCGGGAGAGCCGGGUGACCAUCAGCCACGCCAUCGGCAGGAGCAGCGCGGAGGGCCGGGCCCACACCAUGUGCAUCGAGGGCACGCAGGGCUGCGAGAACCCCAAGCCGAGCCUCACGGAGCUGGUGGUCCUGGAGCACGGGCUGUACGCCGGGGCCCCCGCCUCCAAGGUGCUGCUGCAGCCCCUGACAGGCCGGACUCAUCAGCUGCGUGUCCACUGCAGCGCCCUGGGCCACCCCAUCGUGGGGGACCUGACCUACGGGCAGGCCGCGGGCCAGGAGGACCAGCCCUUCCGCAUGAUGCUGCACGCCCUCUACCUACGCAUCCCCACGCAGGCCGAGCGGGUGGAGGCCUGCACGCCCGACCCCUUCCUGCCCGCCCUGGACGCCUGCUGGAGCCCGCAUACCCUCCUGCGGCCGCUGGACCAGCUCGUCCAGGCCUUGCGGGCCGCCCCUGACCCCGGGCCCACAGAAGGGGACCCCAGGCCCCACAGCCCCUCCACACCCCUCCCCGGUCCUGGUCGGUCCCCACCGCCUCCUACCAGGCCCUCUGAAACGGAGGCGCAGCGGGCCUCGUGCCUGCAGUGGCUGGCAGAGUGGGCACUGGAGCCUGGUGACUGAGCGCGGCAGGGGCGGCCAGCAGGGGGAGCCGGGCUGCCGGGAAACCUGGUGUCCUUGGAGCCAGUUCUGCCCCUGGUCUUUUGCUGAUUUAGGCAGCAGCUCUGGGGACCCUGGAGGGGGCAGCCAGCCAUGCCCCGGAGCAGUGGCUCUGGCUGCCCCCGCUGGCCAGCCCCUCCCCCUGCAGCCCGCUGGGCCCUGAGCCCACGGAGGCCAAGCUGAGCUGCUGCCCACUGCUGGGGUGCCCUGGGGGCAGGUCUCCCUGCACGGGGCUCCUUCCCCGCAGCUGCCCGAGCUUGCCACGCCCGCACGGGGACUGGGGUAGACCAUAAUAAACGCUCAGCUGCCGGCCUUCCGAGUAACUGUGUGUCUCUCCGGCCCUGGGAUCACUCUGGGGUCCUGCUGGCCAAGGCAGCGUGCGCCUGCUCGUCCUGACUGCUGACCCACCUCCCCCAGGAGAGUGAACACCGUGGCCUCUGGGCUCUGUGUGGGCAGAAGCCUCUCUGGAGGACCCCAGGCCCUCAGCUGACCAGGGGAGCCUCCCCUCAGCCGGGCCUUCGCCGUGCGGCUGCCCCGCGCUGGCCUCAGGGCACCCGAACGAUAGGGAGGCUGGGGUGUCAGGGCCAGUCCCAGGGUCCAGCCGCACCUCGGGUGUCAGCAGGGCAGGGCAGCUGCGCCCUCGGCUUCCCUACAGCCAGGCCCUCCCCACCCGCUCUCUCCCCUGCUUAGGGCUGCCUGUCCCUAGCCUCGGGCCUGUUUCUUCACGCCCACCGGAAGCGGCCGUGUGCACGCAGCCAGGCCAGCGGGCGG